CCCGGCGCCGAUGUGGUUUUUACUUUGAGGGAAAGCCUGAAACCCAACAAGAAUUACAUCAUUUACUGUCAGUCCUGUGGUGACAUCGUAGUGAAAGACCGGAAAUUUCUCAGAGUUCUUCCUCUGCCGAGUGAAAACUGGAGUGAUUUAGUUGAAGAGUGGUGUUGUCACCCUGACCCCUUUGCCAGAAGCACUUUGCACCCUCAGCAUGGUGACUGUUUUGUUGGAGACAAUUUUUUUCUGUUGAAUUCAGGAGAUGAAUCACAUCUGCCUGCAUCUCCCGGGUGCUGCUCAGAUGCUGGACACCAUGUUUCACAUAGUGGCUCCAACUUGAAGUCAAAAGAAAAUACCAGAGUAAUUUGUAAGCGCUGCAAGACAAUGCUGGGAGAAACAGUUUCAUCAGAUACCAUUAAAUAUUACGUCACUGAGGUGAUUAUUCAACCAGCUGAGGGAAGUUUCAGUCCAAUACCAAGGUCUCAGUUUGUACAGAACAUGGUUGCUCAGUGUCUUUUGGAAUUAUCAUCUGCUAAAAGCACAUUUAGAUUCACCAUAAAAGGAGAUAAUGGAAAAACCUAUAUGCUGAUAUGGCUUUUAAAUUCUGACACAUUGCUGGUAGAGUCUUUAGGAAAUUCCUCCUCCCACAGUGAUUUUACACUGUUUGGAGAUAUCCUCACACCUACCUCUGGACCAGCGGGAACCUGGAAUGCUGUCAAAGUCCUUUACCAGCCAUGCAUUCAAUGCAGAAAUAAGGAGCUUGCUGAUGCAUGGGAAAAUGAUAUGGGAGUUCAUCCUUUAAAGUUUCCAUCAGAAACAUGUUUGGAAUUACUGUUGGUACUGGGUUUGAGUACUGCAUCUCUGCCACCUUCACUUCGAUACAUGAACUCUUUUCAGGCACUACUGGGAAGAGUCUGGCUCUCUCAUCUUUACUCCCUCCCAUCAGGUUGCCUUUUUGAAGAUGUGAAGAACCUGUGUUGAAAACUAUUGUUAGAUUUAUUUUCAGCAGAAAUGUGUACAGUUAACUUCCAGUGGUGGAGCUUCUAGAAGAAAAUCCCCAGGAAAUACAAAAGAAAAUGGGGUGGG